AUGGAAAAUAAGCGGAAAAGGAAGCAAGCGGCGGAGACCGCCGUCAAGCGAAAGCCGAAAUCUAUUCGGGUGGGUCAAAUCCAAACAGAGAAUCCGAAAAACCCAUUCCCUUCCCACACUGCACCAACCCCACAAGAAUGCCUCGACAUACGCGACACCCUCUUAACCCUACACGGCAUACCUCCAGAACUCGCCAAAUACCGCAAAUCGCAAUCAACCGACGACACAUCACCACCGGAAACCGUUCUCGACGGUUUAGUCCGGACAAUACUCUCACAGAACACCACCGAGACUAAUUCCCAGAAAGCUUUUGGUUCUCUGAAAUCAUUGUUUCCCACAUGGGAACAUGUGCACGGUGCUGAGUCUAAGGAGUUGGAGAAUGCUAUUCGAUGUGGUGGCUUAGCACCGACUAAGGCUUCGUGUAUUAAGAAUUUGUUGCGGUGUUUGUUGGAGAGAAAGGGGAAAUUGUGCUUAGAGUAUUUGAGACAUUUGUCUGUUGAUCAAGUUAAAGCUGAGCUUUCUCUUUUCAAAGGAAUUGGUCCCAAAACAGUGUCUUGUGUGUUGAUGUUCAACCUUCAGCUAGAUGAUUUUCCCGUGGACACUCACAUAUUUGAGAUUGCAAAAACCAUGGGUUGGGUACCUUCUGUUGCAGACAGAAACAAGACAUACCUUCAUCUAAACCAAAAGAUCCCGGAUGAACUUAAGUUUGACCUGAAUUGCCUUUUGUAUACUCACGGGAAGCUCUGCAGUAAAUGCUCCAGUAAAAAAGGAAACAAGCAACAGGAGAAAUUCAAUGAUAACUUGUGUCCUUUAUUAAAUUAUUAUAAAGAGCCAGUUUGA